AUGCGCGAGUUUAUGGACCAUGUCCACGGCGCGUUUUACGAGGCUACUGGCUGGAGGCAGGACAAUUCCUACGCCGCGCUGAACGGCACCCCCAACGCGCUGCUGAAUUUCCAGACUCCUCGGGGCCUCCGGCUCACGCUGUCGUCGCUCGCCAGCCCCAACUUUGCGACGUCGUACCAGCUCGGCCUGAUCGGCCUGGUCGAUGGCUCGAUAUCAUACCUGUUCUCCUCGGUGCCCCUGCGCCUCCACCUGACUCCCCAGUCUGCAACGCUCUCCCUCCCCGAACUGCUGCGGUCGUACCGACCCUUGACGCCCCUAUCACCGCCGGACGAGCCGGCCACCCGGGCUCUGGCCGACGGCGUGCGAGCCCGACAGCCCAGCCUUUUCUACGGCAGGCUGUACCUUCCCCAGUCGCAGCUGGAAGCGCUGGUCGUCAAGAGACUGUCGCCAGCGCUGCAACUCCAGCUCAGCGCCGUCUCGGCAAGGCACCUCCGAAACGGAGGCACUAUCCUGGGACUCGCGCAGUACGACGUCGGGAGAUGCGCCUUUGAGGGACUGGCCUCCUCGGACGGCGGGCUCCUCGGCUUGAGGGGCAUCUACAACUUUGGGGGCGAUGCCAAGGCCGCAGUCGUGGCGUCGGCGGCGGCGGCGUCGGAUGGCGGCGGCGGCGGCGGCGGCGGACCCGGCGAGAGAGAGCGCGUAUACGGUCGCUUCAGCACCGGCGCAGAGAUAUACUACGGCACGCUGAACAAGUCCGGCGGCAUCAGCCUGGGAACCAGGUUCGCGACACUGCCCGCCCACAACGGGACCCCGCUCUCGGCAACACUCACCAUGACGCCGCUCAUGGGAAACAUAGCUGCUACCUAUGCCGUCGUGGCCGGGAAGCGCUGCAGCUUGGCGACCCGCAUGGAAUUCAACAUCUUCAGCUACGAGAGCGCCUGGGCGGUGGGCAUGGAACUCUGGCGGAAGCCGCUGCGACGGCUGGACCCGCGCGGCGAGGAUGCGGGUGUGUGGAGGCCGUCGCGUGAGAGGAGUUUCCAGGCCAAGCUCGAGUGGAGAUUGGAUGAGCAGAAACCGGAACCGCCGCCGCCGCCGCCGCCGACUGUGAAGCAGCCUCACGCCGAGCAAGUCCUGGCCCUGGGUAGGUCGGAAGCGGAUGGUGAAGAGUAUGUCGGGGUGUUGAAGGCUCGUCUGGACCAGAAUCUUCGAAUCGGCAUUCUCUGGGAAGGAAGAGUCAAGUCGUUACUGUUCAGUCUGGGAAGCGGCAUCGAUCUGAGGAAGCUAGACAAGCCGUUUCGAACACUUGGGCUGGAGAUUCAAUUCUCGGGAUGA